AGUUUGAAAUGUCACGUUGACGGCGUCACGUUAGGUUCUGAGACGAUAUUCAAUGACUUAAAAAUGUUUUUCUGGUGUUUCGCUAUCAUUACGAUUGCGAAUGUGCAAUUUGUGUUUAUGGAUUCAGCUGGAGAUGUUAUUGAAAGAGAAUAUUUUUAUGGUUUAUCGCAAUUUCAAGACAGCCUUGAGGCCAUCCAAUCAGAGAUAAGUGUUGCCGAGAUUGAUUUUCUUUCCCAAUGGAAAAAUUUGAUUACAAUUUAUGAGGAAAAUCUUUCAACACUCUCGAAACAACUGUUUGAAAAUCAUGGAUUUAUCGUUGACGCCAAACAUGUUUACUUAUUUGUACUUCAAGUAAAGAAUCGUAUUAAAGAUGAAAUGAAGAGAUUGAUGGAAAAUUUCACAUCAGACAACAUUAAUGAAAGUUUAACGGAGACAUAUCAAAGCUUCAUAAAUAAUCUUAGGAAAAUUUCUGAAAAGGAAAUUUUAAAAUUUCAAGACCCGAACAACCGUAAUGAUGAUAACAUGCUGCUGGAGUGCUGGGAUUCAUUUAAAAUUCUGUUGCUUGACUUGGGAUUGAACACGAUCAACGAUUUGAAAAGCUCAUCUCUUGCUGAGCGUGAAAAUUUAAUGAAGAAUAUUUAUGAGGUUUCUCAAGAUGCGUCUUCAAAUUAUGACAAAUUAAUUGAUGUUCUGUCCAAAAGCCACUUCAAAUCGUCAACACCACUAAGUAUCAACACUUACAUAGAAGAAAAUCGUUCAAAGAUUCUUGAUCGCAUUGGUUCUUGGUUCCAACAAAUUGCCACUUCACUUCAACAAGCUAACGAAAAUAUUCGACUCAAGGCCAUGAAUGGCAUCAAAGAAGCUGAAAAUCAAUUUGAAGAGUUGAGUCGGGAGAUUGUUGAUUGUAUUGCUUAUGACUGAAGAAAAACGCCUACGUAAGUCGUUUGUCGACUUCACGUGUGUAUUUUAUUAUUUGCACAAUUGAAUUUCAAGAAAGAUAUUUAUAUAAGAAUAAAACAGAAGAAAAUAUUCAGCACAAGCACACGCAACUAAUGACGACAACAUCUUGAAAUUCCGUAAGCAAAUAAAUAAUCGACGAUGAAAAUUGAUUGCUGAAACACGUCACGUCAAUGUUUAUUAGGUAUCUAGUUGGGGAAUCCCAAAUAUAAUAAUUUAAAUUGACACAUGUCACUUUAUUUUGCACCGCUCGUAACACAAUUUAAUCAGCGGAAAAUGGCUGGAACUUAAAUUAUUAUUUGAUUAGUAAUUGAAUUUCUUAAUUGAUAAUCGAAGGAUAAUUAUUCUUGUUUAUCAAUUUAAACAGUCGAUCAAUUAAUUAAAUAUUUAGCUAAGUUUCCGUUAAAAUACAAAAAUUUUCCACCUCACAAAUAUUUAUCAAACUUUUUCUUUGCUCGAUGUGGAAAUCUUUCAAUAAAUUUAAAAAGAAAGCAAUAAAUGGCACUCAAAGUGGAACGUGUUUAUAUCAACAGCAUCAAGAACGUAAACAAAAAAGAAAGUGUAAAGCUUAAAAAAUACAUUACGACAAGUAAAGUUUCAGGCGUUGGAAAAAUCAUAAGAAAAUAUUUCUUCAUCCUUUUGUUGUCAAGGAUCUUUUCCGUCAUAAAUUUGCAUUAUUUAGGAAAAGUGGGAAAAGAAUGAAAGAGAAAAAGGAAAAACCAUUCAGACAUUUUUCAUAAUUGUGUAAGCGUAAAUAAAAAUUAAUGAAAGCAUGAAGAUUGCGUUGGUGAGCUAAAGCUUUAAAAAAAGGAGCGUAAUGGAUGCAAAACUUUUGAUAAUCCAUUUUUAUGUUAACGAAGGGAACUGAAGAAGAAAAAUAAUCAUUUCACUGAAGGCUAGAUUUUCAUAUUACUUCUGCUUAUUUAAAAGAAUUGAAGAUUUAUAUUCGGGAUGUUUUGAACGACGUUUAAAGCCAGUGCUAAAAUUAUGUUUAAUUAUACUUAUUUCAUUCUUCACCGUUAUUAGUUUACGCUACAUUUCAGUUUUGUUAGAUAAAAUUUCAUCUCGUAAUUUAUCAUUGUGAAAAAUUCAAAGAAGCGAAAUUCCUUUUAAAAUAAUUCUUUCAUGUCUAUCAUAAAGUGAAACGGAUUAAAACAUUUUUGUUCCUUCUGCUUUAGUUGUGUUAACUCCAAGUACGUGAUUAAGCUUGUCAAAGAUCUCAAAGCGGUAAUUCCGUGUAAAAUGCUUUACUUCAAGUGAGUUGAGGGGCGAAAUAUUUUAAGCACGAUGAAAGAAGAUGGAAAAAGAAGAGCAACAAACACAAAGCAACGUUCUAGAUAAUUGCAGCAGCAAAGUUUACACAAAGAGCGCCCAUUACUUGAAAUUUCACUGAAAUGUUAAAACAAAGCUCAAUAAUGAGAAAGGGGAUUUAUACAUUUAUUUAGAAUCGUUCUAAAGCUCUAUAAUUAAUCCUUCUGCAAGCAAGAGAGUUUACAGAAAGUUUUCAGAAA